UACAUUUCGGUUGAGACGUAUUAACUGUGCGCACAGUAGAGACUUUGAAGACGGUGUGCUUUUAGCACGGAAGACGGAGGGCUUUUGGAAAUAUUGAAAUGCCAUGUUUCUAUGCGUUUUGAGGUUUCUACCAUCGGAGCUGAAGACUGACACGUUAAAAAUGUGAUCUGACGGUAACCAGGCGACCGCUUUCUGCAUCAAUACCCAUAUUUCCGUACUAAUACCAACUAUCUCUCUCAAUGUUCGGGACGACUCGUGCUGAAAUCUCCUAACAUGAAGCAUCGCAUGGUAGAUUGAAUUGGUCGUAGAAUGGAGGUUCCUGCCGUAAACCACAGCUAUACACAUCCACAGCCAUGGGCCGGACAGAGUCCCAGGACCCCAACCAUACCUCCACCCAGCUGUCCAUUUCCUUCAUAUCACUAUCCAAACCUGAACCCAGAUCAGCAGAGUGUGACCCCCAUGACCCAAACGACAGGAACCGCAGCAGGCCAUCGGCCUCAGUCACUGCAAAGCUACCAAGGAGUGUUCAAGCCUGUUCCUGAGAUUACAAAUAAGACGAAUCAAGGAAUGCCACAGAGAAGCUACUCAUUACCAACGAGUCCAGUGUCAAAUUCUAAGACAGAGUCUCGAUACGGCCUGGAUCCUCAGCUUCUGCCCAGUGUGGUCCAGGUGAUUAAAGAGGACAGGAUCCAGUGGGAGGGGAAAGUGUUUGUUUCAGAAUGCAAAUCUUCAGUUCCCCUUCUUCCUGGGCAGAGUUCUACAGGAAAUUCGGAGAUGGAACAGGAACGCUUCCGAGCUGAUCUGAGCAGAUGUGUGGAUAUGCAGAUGGCCUUCAAAGUUCAGCUCAGAGUUUUUGUCAGUAAAGAUAUUGAUGCUUUCUCUCCUGACUGGAUGAUGACGCCACUGUCUCUGUGUUUACCCUUCGCACCCCGGCAGUCUGUCUCUGCUGAUAAUGCCAACAUGCCAUCAUUAGGGGAAGCCGUGCGCUGUACUGUCUCUAGUCUGGAUCCAGGGGGUCUGUAUCUGAUCUACUGCCCACUGGCACUGCUCCUUUGGGUGGGCAGCUGUGUGCCUCCUCACACUCUUCUACAGCUUUUCAACACCAACUCCUUCUCCAACCUCACAUCUGGAGAGAUCAAACUUCCAGUGCUUGAGAACUCCCUCUCCAUCAGCACCAGAGCUCUCAUAUGCUCUCUGCAGUCCUCAGCAGCUGUUACUCUCCAGCUAAAACUGGUGCGGGAAGGUGACAGCUGUGAGGAGUCUCUGCAGCUUCUCCUGGUGGAGGACAAGAGUCCUAACGGUGGAGCUUCAUACGCUGACUUCCUUUUUCACCUUCAUGUCAAUGCAUUGCGUCUUGUCGUGUGACAGUCUCUUCUCAUAGACAAGGCUGUGGAAUAUUUGUAAAGUCCUUUGUGAUAGUUCAGUCCCAAUGUAGUUGACCUUUUGUUUCCUCUAUAGCCAUUGCUGCUGCUGUUCUUAAAUCUAUGAGGAAAAAGAGUUCUGUCUGGAUUUACCAUACAUUUAUCUCUGAAAUAUUUACAACUUUAGUAAAUGCAAAUUGGAUGUGACCAGCUUGUUUUAGGGGAAAUGCUGAAUACUACGAUUAGUCCUUUAAUUUUCAAGGGCUUAGAAUGACUGAUUAGUGUUUGAACUCCCAUCAAAGACUCAGUGAUUAAUGAUUCUCUAUUUGAAGUGUGUGUGUGUGUGUUUGGUUCUAGACACAGGUUUGAUUUAACAUUUGCUCUUGUGUCAUGAAUAUUGCACUCUGAAUUGAAUUCAUGAAUUUGCCCAACUGGCAGUGGUGAGUUAGAGUGUACAUGUUAAUAUUUUUCAAGCAAUAAUAUAUUCAUUGAAUUUUUGGUCUCAUUACACCUCAGUAUUUAAUGUCUUGAUAAAACCCCUGGUAUUUUUCAAAGGGCCAUCAGCAUGUGGACCUAACACUUUACAGUUUUAAUAAUUUACGUAACAUUUCUUUUGUAUGAAGAAGAUACUUUUC